UAAUCCUAAUCGAUCGAUUCUAUCAGCGGGGACGGCGCUGUUUCGACAUCAUCCACACAUGUUCUUUGCCUAGGCUUCCACCUGGGUCAGUCCUUUGCACCCUACCUACUACGUCUUUGAUCAGUUUCACAUAGCCCGUUCCUUGCUGCUGUCACCGGGGCAUCGCCAUUGACUGGCAAUGGCUUCCAUUUUCUCACCCCCGGGGGGCGCCGGGGACCCAGUCCUGCAGAUAUGCCAUGGCAAUAACGACACCGACCGUCUGGUCUACUGCAACAAGAUCCUGUCUUCAGAGGAGAGGCUACAGACCUCAUGGCAGUGGGGCACGUUGAUAGUGGGAAUCGCAGGGUUGGCUCUUCCCGUCCUACUAUCGGUGAUCCUAACCACAUACCAUCGUCUGUGUCAGUCAAUAUCAGACAGUUACACCAAACGGAAACGCAAAUCACCUCCCGGACGGAAGCAAGCUGGCUCACCACCGUCGCGGCCCGAGUUCAAGAUCCCGUCCUCAACCAAGGCUUUCCAGUUCUUGGAUGGCGGUGUAUCAUCAGGCGCCGCCGCCCCCCAGCCAUUGGUAGGGGGCACUGUUUACAUUAGUCCCUUGCCGUCGUGCACGGACCCCACCCCUUUCCAACCGCUUCAAGCUACCCCAACCCAAGACAUCACUUGUCUCGGCCUGGUUGACGCCAAGGACGUCUCCCCUGCCGAUGUUGCGGCGUGGGAGACGCAUAUCUCCGACUUCAUCCUCAGUGAUGACGUGUCCGGGGUGGUCUUGAAGGUAACGGACCUCGCCAAGGAGGAUGAGGAGACGGCGGCGCGUCUCUUUGCGCGACUACGCCAGCGUGCGGUGCCGAUUGUCCUUAACCUUGGCCUUGAUGAGAAGGAGGGGGAGGAGUCCGAGCUUGUGAACAGUGUCGACUUCUCGAGCCUGGUGGGCAUCAUCGUUGAGAAUGCGUGUAUCCUGCCCAACGGCGAGAGACGGGAUUACUUCCGCUCGGAGAAGUUGAGGGAGCUCAUGAACAAGUGUGCCAAGGAGCGACUGGAGCGCCCGCACUUUUUUGUUGCCUUUCACGAUCUCUGGGACCAACAGCCUUCGGUGGCGGUUGUGUGCAGAGGUGAGAAGGUCGCAAGCCAUUUCGAGGCUAUUUAUCAGCAUGGUCCUCGACAUGUGGCGAGUGGUCUGAAGACGACCCAGCCUCCUGUGAGCGGCUUUGAGUAUCUGCGAAAGCCAGAGACUUCUGAACUCCAAACUGCAUGGUUGCAGCAAAAGAAAAAGGUCUAUGUGGGCGAUGACAACGAGCUACUUGACCAGACUUCACGACUUGACGUUGAUAGAAUCGCGUUUAUCGUCCCUGGCGUCAAGAAGCUGUUGCAGCCCGUUGCGCAAACCACCGAGAAGCAAGAGUGGUGGUCUGACGAACCAGAGCUCUCCUUCCCGCCCCCCUAUCGCGAGGUGGCGCCUGCAAGGGACGAGUUCUGGGAGUGCGACCACAGGGGUGAGGCGCUCUCAGCCUUGGGAUGCAUCCCACUCACUGCGUCGGCAACCGACAUGCAGUACGAAGCCAUCUUGGCGACGCAGACCCAUCUGCGCGAUUUGAACAUGCUGCAAAGGCUGCGGCCUGCCGAGGUCGAUAAGCUUGUCAUGGCCUAUCGCAACUUCCAGCUGGAAACCGCUCAUCCUCAUCUGUUUGCUCCCUUUGUCGAGGGCCUGGUCGAGGGCAAAGUCUGCGUCUACAAGGGUCUUGAUACCGGCUUCAAGGUUCCUGAUGGCGAGGCUCACUUCUGGGGUAUCUCUGUUCCUCGUUCCGAGGAUGGCGACGUUGACAUCUUCAUUUCGCGGAGCAAUCCCAGUGAUGUCGCGACCAUUCUUCAUGUUUGGCUGGCUCACAGUGGCGUUUCCCGCGUGGAAAGGUACGAGGAGGAACUUCGCUUGGAGAACAACAUGGGCUCCGAUUUGCCUCUCCCUACUAGCAUCCAGACUGCCAUCAACAUGUGCUCGCCGUCUGAGGUUCUCUUCUUCUUGCAGCAGCUGCAAGUCAGUCGCUUGACGCAUCCCUUCCGCAUCGUCAUGGAGGCCUAUUGCCGAGCUGUUCUCCUGGAUGAGUCUUCUACCAUUGCUUGGAACGACGCUCACUGCCGUCUUUACCUCGAGGGCAAGGUCUCCAUGCGGGACCUCCUCGAGCGGAGACUUGCCGAGUUCGCCCGCCAGGGUGCCACGGCCCUUCCUUCCGCUGAUGGGCUCGUGGCUGUUGCAGAGAAAAUCGAGCAGCGUGUCCGUGAAUCUCUCUACUCUGGCAAUGUCGAUGCGCUCAACGCCAUCAGGAACCCCCUUACAUAUGCUCUGGAUCCUAUGAACCAGUACCAUGACAACAAGUUUGUCGAUGUCAACACUGAUCUGAUUGCUCUCAUGUUCUUCACCACUGUUCGCAAGCUUGCUCUGGAGGAUGUCUACCUUGAGGCUACGGAUCACUGCCCCCUUUUCUCGCAGGCCGAUCAAGCAGCUGUUUUUGCUGAACUGUGGGUGCUUGGUUCUCAGUGCGAAGCUUUCUUCGGCAUGCACCCGCGUGCCCUUGGCAAGAUCAUCUACGACCAGUACACCGCCUACCUUCGCAAGAACCCGCCCCCUACUCCUUCGGAUGACGGCGAUCGCAAUGGCCACAUGACUGUGUAUUCCAAGCCCAAGCCUUCUCAGAGAGAGCCUGGCGAUGAGUACGAGGAUCCUGCUCGCCGUGGCUUCAGAGACCGCAUGAAGCUCAGCUACUUCCGCGAGAAACUCGCUGACUUUGGCGCUCUCUCCAUCUUCUGCAUGCCCGCUAUCAUGGAUAUCCUGCUUCUCACCUUUGUCGGUCGUGGUCUGUUCAUGACUGCCUACAUGGGCGAAGACAACCUCCUUGCCGCUUGCUACGGUCUUUUGAUCGCGCUGCUGAUCUCGGCUGGUGUGACCGGCUGGGUCGGCAGUAUCGGCAACUACUACCUCUGCAACUUUGCGUACACCAACAUGGUCUUCUUCCACGCUCAGCGCCUCUCGGGUGGCUUCGUCUUGACCUUGUUAGUCGGUCUGGUUGGCUUCAUUGCCUUCACUGUCAAGACCUCGGUCUACGCUGGUCUUGUCUUCUUCGCAUAUCUCGUGCUUCUCGCGACUUACCUCAACAUCCUCGGUAUCAUGGCUACCAUGCACCAGGAGGGCAGUCCCCUGACAUCGGGUCGCAGUGUACUCUGGAGAACCAUCCCGUUGCUUCUCAUCUCGCCUGCGCUUUCAUCCUUCGUCAACGGCAAGGACAUUGCCAUCUACCUGUCUGUCGGAUACGGCUUCCUCGCACUGCUCAUCUUCCAAUACCGCAAGCUGUGCCACGAGUGGAUGGGCUGGCUCAGUAACAUCCCCAAGUUCACCGAGGCUGAUGUCCACGCCUGGUACGAGCACCGCAUGAGCCAGAGCUCGAUCGCGAGCCCCAGCAGCGAGAAGAUCAACGCGGAUGAGACCAAGAAGCUCGCGCUCCAGGCUUUCCGCGACGCCGUCAAGAAGCAGCAAGGUCGCAUCUUUGGCGCUGCGCCUGACGCCCUGGUGCACAAGGUGGUCGAGGGGUUGCCCUACAUCAACUGGAUCCUCCGCAUGGACGGUCCUCCCGAGGAGGUAGUCGAUGUCUUCUCGCCUCCUUGGUUUGCUCAGCUGAGCGAAGCACAGAAGAAACGACUCCAGAUGUCCCAGGGUCUCAAGGAGCACAGCGUCUUCUUCCUCUUCCGCCAGGCUCGCUACGACAUUGGCCAGAACGUCGGCCUUUUCCUCGUCUGCCUGCUGGAUCGGUGGGUCAGCAUCGUCAUGUCGGGUAGCGGCAACGCGAACGUCUUCUCCAACUUCACUUCGCGCUACGCCAUCUGCUUCGCGAUCCUCUACUUUUGUCUGUCCAUCAUGGUGCUGGACGUCACUCUAAAGAAGUACUGGCAGUUCAGCUACGAUCUUCCCAAGGGCAUCCUCUCCAGCGAUGCGGAGCUGUUCGCGCUCAGGAAAAAGUGGCAGCAAACUCGCCGGAUCAAGUACAUCGGCGCGCUCCUUACCCUCGCCACCAGGCUCCUGGCGACAUUUGGCUUGACUACCAUUCUCGUCUGGCUGUUCGUCAAGGAGACGCAAAUCCUGGUGCUGUACUACCUGUACUGCCUCGGUUACACUGGCGUUAUGAUCUUCCAGUUCAACCGCUGCUUUACGACCAGCGUCCGCGCCCAUGUUCUGUCCAUUCUCACCUCUGCCGUCAUCGGAUUCAUCGUCGGCUGCCUGCUUUACCUGAUGCCCGAGGGCAAGAUCGUGUCGGUGGACGUGAUCGGUCUCUGCGUCGCUUCCGUCUUCGCUGCCGUGUCUACCUCGUACUGGGCCAUCAGGAAGCCGAAGCAGAUGGACCUCAAGGAGGAUGGCGCCAACGGCGACAAGCCCAACACGUGGAAGCAGCACAAGAUCGGCCACUCCGAUAACUCGUUCACUGGCAAAAAGCCCGCUCAGGUCAAGGACCUCCCUGGAGACCUUCUCCUUGCUAAGCAGGAGACCCCCUUGGCUCGCUCGGUCUCGGAGACCCUUCGCGAUGGUCAGAGUAACUUCCCCGGGGGGAACUCAGGGACGGUUUCCUGGCGGGAGGACGUCCUCAACGCUGCGCUGGCCAUGUGGCUAGAUGAGAAGAUCCGCGUCACCGUCUGCCCACGCGGUGUUUUCCUAGACGCCGGACUCAGCGAAUGCGUUUCCUUCAGCGAGCUUAAAGACGACGAGCUGCACAUCACCACUGGCUUCCUUCCCGAAGAGGAAGUCCACCUGGCCACAUGGCAGCCUCUCCUCGCUUGCAUGAUCGGCGAAGCCAUCCUCUACCACACUGCCCGCGGCAUCAUCGGCCUGGACACCGCCAAGGCCGUCCAAGCCGAGCACAUCCUCUCGGGCGCGGACCGUUCCUUCACCGUCUCCAAGCGCAUCGCCUUCCAGCUCGCUACCGAGGACCGACAGGGUCUUUACCGGAUCCGCGAGCAGACCAACCAGGAACUGAUGAAGCAUCUCUGCCUGGAAACCAACAUCGACUCGGAGUGGGUGUCCCUCCCGCGUCCCGUGCAGGAAACCAUCCUCUCGCGUAUCCAGGGCAUGUCGGCCUCGCAGUCGCGCGACUUCCCUGCCUGGAUGGAGGAGAAGGGCGUCGAUCUCCGCUGCAGCAAUUUCCACGUCAAACUCUGUCUAGAACUCUACCUGAUGGCUGGCGAGCGCGUCAUGAUGUACAAUUCGGCAUUCAACAAUACCUCUACUUCCACUCUGUGUUACUUGCCUGAGCCCGACAGCGAGAGCAGCACCCAAGAGACCUCGCCUCUCUUGGAUAACGGGAAGAAGAGCAAGCACAUGCACUGGACGCACAAGAUCCUCUUUUACGUGCCCAUCAACUUCGUCAAGUGGGUAGCCAUCAUCUCUGGCGCCGGGUCCAACAUUGAGCGCGAGCUAUGGUACUCCCUCCGCAAGAUGCCGCGCGCUCGCAAGGUGCUCAUGUGGCUUAUCCUGGCCAUUUGGAAGAUGUGCUUCCAGAUCCGGGAUACCUGGAUUUUCAUGAUUCUUAUCUUUCACCACAAGUCCCUGGUGCAGAUUUGGCGGUUGGCGCGCAAGGGAACGCCCAGGACUUUGUACAAGAACCGUAUCGUUGUGGUCAUGCGCAGACAGGCUCUGACGGGCUUUGCGAAGCUGAAUGAGUACGGGAAGCUGAUGCUGAAUAUCUAUGAGGGCCAUCUCAAGGAGGUUCCGGAGGAGGAAAAGACUCAGCCUGUUGCUACUGCCGUUUAUGAUCAUACUUACCGGCUCAUUACCAAGUCUGUUAAGAAGGGGAAGGAGGAGAUCCUCUCAUCGUUCACCUAUGGUGAGGGCAAUAAGUCUAGACGCCCGACGGAAAAGUACGUCGUCGAAGGCACUACUGUCAAGCGCUGCCACUAUGAUGAGAGACGUCGCAUUUCUCACGGUAUCAUCAAGUUCGGCGACGUCGAGUACUCCUUCCGGUACUUUUACAAGUCCAGUCCCAAGGGUUCUCAGGAUGUGCUCAAGGCCGAGUACGAGCUAAAGGCCGACCACCCCUUCGUCUUGACCGUCUAUUGGGGUACUCCUCCCAAGGAAAAGGUCGAGGAGUGCAACUGGACUCCCUCUGACCGCGUCGGUCAAGUCGACCGCAGCACCUACGGCAGAACCUUCACCACCGUCAUCACGUAUCCCCAUCGUCGUGACCCCGUUGAGACCACUUACAUGGAGGAGAACGGCAGACAAAUCACUGUCGACCGCCCGCCCCGCAUCUUUGAGCACGAGGAUGUCCUUCUGCAGAGGCCUACGGAUGUCUCCUUUGAGAAUGACGAUCUCUUCAUCUACCACCGCCGCUCUUAUGUCGAGCGCAUGGCCAAGAACCUCAAGCAGACGCACUCGUUCGCCUCCCGCCUCAAUCCCAUGUCCUGGUUCUCUAUGCGUAAGAAGUCCAUCUACCGCCCUGUCCCUACCUGGUGGUUGCGUACCGAACUCUGGGAUAUCUGGCGCAAGUCCGGCACUCUCGAUGCUGUCACUGCGUGCUGGAUGGACGAGCUCAUUCUGCGCGAGGAACCUCUUCUCCACCGGUACUGGUCUGCUAGAAACAGCGGUCAGCUCUCUCAGGCGCGCAUGAUUCUCGACGCCGACAUUGACCAGAUUUCCGCCGCCAUUGAGAUUGAGAAGCACGUUGGCGAGCUGUGCAUGUUACCCAUCAAGACUGCCGACUUGUAUGCCAUGGGUCUCGGCAAGGAUGCCAACCAGAUCACCACCCGGCCGCAGGACUGCUUCAAUGAUUCGGAGAACCGUAUCUCGGUCAUCUUCAACGAUAUUGGGUGCUGGCCCGAGUCUCCCGGUGGUGUCUCCAACUGCCGUCGCGAUCUUGUCAACGGUCAUACUACCAUCCGUAACCACGUCUUGGCCGAGUCUGCCAACGAGUAUGGCAUCCCGCGCUUCCAGGUCGAACGCAACGUUCAGUCGCUCAAGGUCGUGCCCCUUUGGGGUCUUGACGGUCGUGUUCCCAACCACGGUCUCAUUGAGAACCUCCUUGAGAUGCAGGUCGAGGACAAGAUUGUGCGCACCGACAUUGAUCGCGACGUCGUUGACACCUUCAUCCCCCUUCUCCGUCUCUUCGUCAAGGGUGCGCGCUCGCGUCAUAUCUCCAAGGCAGAUAUGUAUCGGUACAGCAAUGCCAUCCUGGAUAUGUUCCAGUACUUUGAACAUAAGGAUUACAACAAGACUUGGAACUCCAAGGAGGUCGCUGCCGCGUGGGCCGAGGCCUGGCUCAUCAAGUACGAUGAUCCGGAUAUCACUGACCCCGAGGAUAACCUGGCGGUUCAGCAGCCGACCAUGUCGGACUUCCGCGACUCGCUUGCCAUUUUCUCAUCGUAUUUCUUCAUCUACGCCGUCCAGACCCCAGAGGACUGCCCCAGGGUCUUCCAGAGCACGCACCAUGGUAUCAGCUCCAUGUUCGGUGUCUUCCUCAAGUACCAGCGCGGUGCCACCUUUGGUAUCUGGGAUCAUGCCAUUCUGUGGCGUGAGUGCUGCCUCAACCUCAGCCCUGCGCAGUCGACGUUGCCCAUCCCUGUGCAGUCCAUGGUCCUCGCUGGUAUCGGUCUGGCCAUGAAGCUCGCCUACUUCCACGCUGAUGUCAUCCUGCCUUGCACGUCCUUCUUCAACCCCAUCUGGGAGACUUCGCUCGGCACCGACACGAACCGCAUCGGGCAUGAGAAGAAGUUCGCUCGCAAGAUCGAUCCCAUUGUCAACGGUGUCAGCAACAUGGAUGCCUUCAAGCCCGUCGAUGAAGUCCGCACCACCACGCCUACAGUCGUCAUGCUGUCCAACGUGCAGUUCAUCAAGGACAUCCGCACCGCCAUCCGCGCUGCCGACGUCAUCGUCAACCAGUACGGCUUCAAGGAGUACCGCCUCUUCAUCUACGGCGCCAAGGACCGCGAGCCCGAGUAUGCCAUCAACAUGACCAAGCUGAUUGAGGGGUGCAAGCUCACCGAGCACGUCAUCCUCAAAGGCUUUGGUAAGCCCCAAGAGAUUCUCAAGGACGCCUGGCUCUUCAUGAACUCGUCUCUCUCCGAAGGUCUCCCGCUCGCCGUCGGCGAAGCUGCUCUAGCCGGUGUUCCCGUUGUCGCCACAGCCGUCGGUGCCACGGCGCUCGUCCUCACUGACCCCGACAACCCGUCCGUUGCCUACGGUGAAGUCGUCCCGCCCAACGACCCCGUCGGCCUCGCUCGCGCGCAGAUCUCCAUGCUCGCCAUGGCUGGUCCCUGGGCCAAGUUUGCCGGCGACGUCGACAAGCGUGGUUCCGUCCUGCCCUCGCUCAUGCUGCCUGAUACCCUGACCCCCACUGACGUCGCCUUCCUCACUAAGCGUAUGCACGAGAAGACGGACGCCCGUCGCAAGCUCGGCAUGUUGACGAGAGAGGUUGUCCUCAAGGGCUUCCACGGCGAGCGGUACCUGCGCGAGCACGAGCAGAUGUACUGGGUGCAGUGGCACAUGGCCAAGAUGCGUCGGGACCCUGGUGUGAUGCGUCGUCGGGCGCUCGUCAGGAGGAGCGAGUUGAUGAGGUUCAGCGGCCAGGGAACGACGACGCAGACGGGCGAUUAUGAUGGCGACGCGAGCACGGUCAUCUAUGGCGGUAGCGAGGCGGCGUUGGAUGAUGAGUACAGGGAGGAUCGGAACUCGAGGAGGAGUCGGAGCAGCUAUCAGGGGCAGAGGCAGGGCAGGAGGCUGAGCAAGCCGCAGCCGCAGCAGAACGUGAGGAACUUGUCGAGGUUGACGGUUGCGACGGUGGGAGGAGGGUCCGAGGCGGGGCCGAGCGGGUUGAGUUCGGGAAGGGCGAGUAUGGUUAGUCAGAGGGAGGUUGUUUGAUGGUGGUGUAGUUCUGUAUUGAAAUUGGUAGAUGUCGGAGGAGGUGCUGCUGGAGGUUGAGAGUUCAGCUGAACAUACAAAAAUCUUGGAGUGGGGGUGGGAGACGAGAAAGUUACGAAAGAAGUAGAAAGGAUGGAAGGAACUUGGAAAUCACAUACUGGAUCUAGGUUGGACGGGGGAGGCUUUUUGCAUACACAACCAA